CGUCAUCAAAAUGGCUGCCGUCUAGUAUAGUCCCGAGUUCUCAGUCAUGUUUCUGAUCUAGUAUAUUAUGGAUGAUCCAGCCUUUUAUGACAAGUUAGCUCAUCUCAGACAAAGAGCGGGCGACGGUGUACCUGACAAUAUACUAACGUACUUCUUAAAGAAGAGUAAAGGUGACAUCAAUCAUUGUAUUACUUUACUACGUGAGAAUUACUGGACUGCAGGCUCCUCCAUACACAGUCCUGAAUCAAUACCUCCUGAAAGGAGUGUCCAUAAUUCACAGAAUAUCUUCAUGUCUAGACCACACCCACAACUCUCGUCUACUCCAAAUAUUCACGAGUCUCAAGCCCCACCCCCUAAUCAACCACACUAUGAACAUCGUUAUAACAAUUCUGUUCAAGUACCUGAUACGAUGCCAGUCAGUGUCCCUUAUACUCCUAAGGAAGCAGGUGUGGUUAUGGGUGGAGCCUCUUAUCAAGUGGGUGUGUCUCACACAUCUCAUCAUGUUAGACAAUCAACUGCAGCUGAAGAAAAUAUUUUAAAACUUCAACGAGAACAGUUACAAAAUAUUAAAGCUGAACAUGAUGUAUUAUUAAAAAGAUAUGCAAAGUCUCAGAGUGAAGUGAGAGAAAAGUUACAAAGUUUAGAACAAAUGAAAAGAUACUCAAGUCAAAGCAGUGUGAGUGAUGAUGAUUUAUAUAUGGCUGAAUGUAUACAGAGCAGUUUAAGAUAUGAUAUACAACAGGAAAGACAAAGGAAGCAACCAUCACUGAGAAAAAGCACCAGCAAUUGGAGUUGUCCCAGUUGUCAAUGGUCCAAUAAUCCAUUAGUCACUACUUGUGAUAAAUGCUCCUAUAUACUUCCAUGAAUAUCGUCUUUCUCUUUUAUAAUUCUUUUCACUUUAUAUUGGUUAUUGAUCUUAUUGUUACUUGUAUUAUUACUAUUGUUUAUUCUGAUGUUAAUUAUUGAAUAACACACAUGCAGUGUAUAUCUUCAUGUACAUGUACUGAACAUAAAGUGUGUGUGUUGGUAUGUGAGUUAGUUCUGUAUGGUGCAUGUUUAUAAUAAUUAUACUAUCUUUGUGGGACUUCAUAUUAUUAGUGUAGUUUACUUAAUCCUUUGUCAUUUCAGGGGACUAUGAUGGUUGUUUGUAUAGUUUAA